AUUCUGAAUCAGGAGAGAGAAAGAGAGGAAAGAAAGAGAAAGAAGGGUCUGGUGAAGGCCAGCGGGGGUUCUCCAGGUGAUCCUUGUUCUCUAAAUCUUACCCAAAGGACCACCUGAUCGAAAACCCUCGCCUUUUUCAUAUCAGAGAGGGCAGGAAAUAGGAAAUUUAACCCAUUUUUUUCUUUCUCUCUCUAAAGGUUGGCUUUCUUCGGCUCUUUUUCUUGAUUCAUAUCUCGAUCAAAUUCCUCAACAUACUCUCUCAUCUGAUAAAGAUUGAUGGGUAGAUUUUGCUUUUCUUCACAUCCAUGGGAGUGUUGAUAUUUUCCGAGGUUUUAUUGCUGGUAUUGGUAUUGGUUGUUGAUGUUUCUUAGAGAGCUCAAUGAACCUGAGGAGUACAACCAGUUUAUGAGCAUCCUCAGAGUCUUGUUGUUUCCGUUUCGAAGAGAUCUCUUCUCCUUUUGUCUCUCCAGAGAGAGAUGGGAUAAGGAAUUUGCUAAAUUGCAGGCUGGGUAAUGGUUUAUCCUGUUAUCUGCUUGUUCCAUAUCGGAUUCUUUUGAUUUCUAGGUUUAAUAUAAAAUUUGUGGUGGUUUUCGAUUUGGUCUCUUAAGAAGUGGGGUUAUUUGAAUUUGGGGAAUUGGGGUUGCUGUGGUUGAGUUUUUUGGUGUACCUUUUAGGUGUUCCUUUGAAUUGGGGUGAGGUUAUUUUUGGUAUCAAGCGAUUUGGCUUCAAUGGGUUCCCCUCAAGGAUCGACAACCACGUUGGGUUCGAAUGUCGCAGAAUACACUGCAAAGACUUUGAAGGGUAGUAAUAAGGACGGAUCUUCUCAUGAGAGCAUCAGACUUCAGGAUGCUAUGCCUGUUUAUGUGAAGGAGUUGAUUGCUGGAGGGGCGGCAGGUGGGUUUGCAAAGACUGCUGUUGCACCACUGGAGAGACUUAAGAUACUUUUACAGACUAGAAAUGAAGGCUUUCAUUCUCUUGGGGUGUUUCGAUCUUUGAAGAAGUUGUUGAAGAAUGAAGGUGUUCUAGGCUUCUACAAAGGGAACAGUGCUAGUGUCCUUCGAAUCAUCCCUUAUGCAGCACUUCACUUCAUGACAUAUGAACAAUAUCGGUGUUGGAUCCUCAAUAACUAUUCAAGCAUUGGAACAGGACCUGUUGUGGAUCUUUUAGCUGGUUCAGCAGCAGGAGGAACUGCAGUUUUGUGCACUUACCCAUUGGAUUUGGCACGGACAAAACUUGCUUACCAGGUAACUUGUACAAGGGGAGGCCUUGGGACUGGUUUGAGUGGUCUUCAUGUGCUGCCAACAUACAGUGGAAUAAAAGAUGUAUUCAGGAAGGUUUAUAUGGAACGUGGAUUGCUUGGGCUUUAUCGAGGAGUAGCUCCAACACUUGUUGGGAUCCUGCCUUAUGCUGGUCUGAAAUUUUACAUAUACGAGGAGCUCAAGCGCCAUGUUCCUGAAGAGCACCAGAAAUCAGUAGUGCUGCGUCUCUCUUGUGGGGCUUUGGCUGGUUUGUUGGGCCAAACAUUCACUUAUCCAUUAGACGUGGUCAGAAGACAAAUGCAGGUUCAGGGUCCUGAAUUCUCCACAAGCACAAUGCAAAGUCUCCGCCUAAUUGUCCACAACCAAGGUUGGAAGCAGUUGUUUGCAGGCCUAAGCCUCAAUUAUAUGAAGAUUGUUCCUUCUGUGGCUAUUGGCUUCACCGCAUAUGACAUGAUGAAAUCAUGGCUUGGUGUUCCUCCUCGAGAGAAAGCUCAACCAGCCCCUUCUUGAGCUGAUGCAACUCAUUGUAUUGUCAACACUAAAAAGUACAUGUAUCAUUGCUUAGUUAAAUGGCCUGCCAUUCAGUUGAAGCCCAUGGUUGAAUUGGAAAGAGAUCAAGUUUAUGACCUUAAAGUUUUGGGUUGUAAUCCAGCUUACUUAUCAAAGAGAAAAGAGGGAAGAGCAGGCCAAGCUAUAAAAGCGUAAUCAAGAUCAGCGAUUCACAAGUCCAUGUAAACCUACAUCAUCGCAGAGAAGAAAAAUUGAUGAGGAUUGCAG